GCCUCUCGUGACGAGGCUAAAUUAAGGGAGAAUAUUAGAUGGUAAUUUCGCAUUGAUGCCUGGAGCAACGAAAUACUGCUAAUUACGAUUAGCAAGACAAAGCGAACGGAGCGAAAUAUAGUAGAAGAGAUUGAUUCGAAGCAGACGUAGCCGAAGCACCGCGCAUGAUCCUCUACCCCCUCUGCGCUCGUAAAGCUUUUCUAGGGGUGGUUGGGGUCCACGUGGCGCAACACGGUGCUGUCAGUCGCGUCCGACAAGCCAAACGCGUAUCACGUCUCAGAGCAGCCUGAUUUGGCGCGUUUCGCGAUCGCUUUUCCUUGAUAAGAGCGAGACACGUAGUCCCUCGACGGUGCUGUUCUUGUCGUGAGUCGUAAUCGAUCGGCCGUGUCCAUUGUCAAUCGUGUCGUAAUAUCCCGAAAAUUUUAAAAGUACAACGAUCGAUUCACGCCCGUUCUCCUGAUAGUCUCGCUCGCGGGGAUUAAAGUAUGCAGUCCAGAUGGAAAAUGCGUGCAAAUGGCGCACGCGUUAAGACGCAUCUCUUACGCGACUUGUGAGCCGCAGCACGCCCAAUUCAGCUUUCUGGCGCGAGAGCCCAGGGCCCACUUCAGCCUGCAGCACUGUCAUUCUUUUAUCACCGAGUCUGCAGACCAGGCGGAGGAGCUGAACACCAUCGUUGGCAAUGCUUUCCGCAUGGCGUACGUGGCGCAGCUUCAGCGCCAGCCGAUCCUUCAGGAUGUAAUCUCACCGCGGUCGACGGCAUCUUAUCGCAAGGACAAGCAGGAGCAUCGAACGUCGUGGAACAAAUCGCCGGCCGCAGACGACACGAUCGCCGCGGGCGCUUGCAGGAGUCCGUCGUCGAACUCGUGGCUGAAAAGUCGGACGUCGCCCACCACCAGGCCUGGAAGGGGUCCGUCCGCAGCGGAUAUGAACGUGCAGCUCGGCAGCGCCGGCUCGCCCACGCUGCGGCUCGCCGGCGUAAAGACGCCGAACACGAUCCCGGGUCUACGGCCGUCGUUCACGAACGUCCUCGGGCCCAUAACGAGCGUGAACGAGCCGAAGAGCAUAUCCCAGCAGAGCACGCCGAGCAGCGAUGAGAGCAACUCGCCGACGGAGCUCAACUCGUACAAGAGGCUAACGGACAAGCCGCCGCUGAUAAAGCGGCUGGCGAUGGGUUUGACAGGUGGACGCGACGUUCUUGGGCUCAACGGCGAGGAUGACAGCUGCCCGCUCGUCAGCGGUAGCAGCACGCCGACCAGCCCGUCGAACAGGCCCCAUUCCGGGGGCUACAUAAACGAGGCGAUCAUCGACUCGGAGGGCACCAGGCCGUCGUACAACAAGAUCCCGCCGUCCGAGAGCCUCGACAACACCAUCAACGCGUCCAUCACCAACGCGAAGAACUUGAACAUCGAGAACAACAGGAUAGGGCACAAUUGCCCGGACUCGGGCACGGAGGCGGAAUUCAAGUCGAAAAGAAGAUCGCAAAUUAGCACGUCGAGCAGCUCGGUGCCCGCUGACGGAAGUACUCAUGGCUCCACGCCAACCCCGCCGCCUUUACCCGAGAGAACAGACAGCCUGAAUAAUCGAAGCGAGGAGGCCGAGCUACGCAAGGCGCCCUGGUUUCAAGCUGGAAUACCCAGGGAGAUAACGCUGGAGGUAUUGAGCCAAGAGCCGGAAGGAGCGUUCAUGGUGCGCGAGAGUACCAGCAAGCCCGGAUGUUACGCCCUCUCCCUCCGUGUGCCCCGUGAAUUCCAGCCGAGCGGAAUAGCCCAUUAUCUCAUAAUGCGUACAAACAAAGGUUACAAAAUCAAAGGCUUCACGAAAGAGUUCACGACGCUCACCGCGCUAAUCACUCACCAUUCGGUCAUGCCGGAAUUAUUGCCGUGCCCGCUGUCGCUGAGCCGAUAUAAUCCGAGCUUCGUCAAGACCGACUCCAGCAAGGAUUUCGCGGACAUCGACUCGGACCCGGAUUACAAUACCCUGGCGGAUUUUCGCAAAAUGAUGGCCGACCUGAAUGUCUAGAAAACGAUCGUCGAGAAUCCCCUCCCUUUUCCCUACCCCGCGCUUUUUUUCUGCGAUUUCUCGAUUUCGCCGGUUGAAACCAGUUGGUACCGCGAGGCACAUGUUCGGUAUAUUUGUACCUGGUUCGAUUAUUGUGCCAUUUGCAUUUGCACGUGUAAAGAGCCGACGUUAACUCGCGACCGUCGUCCGCGCGAACAGAUCUCUCGGCACCGGCGCAACGCGCACGCUUGGACGACGCUUAAAGUUAACGUAUCUAUGUUCCGGAAAGACUCGCACAGCCACCAGUGAUACAUACUCGUAAGUCAUUAAUAACGGUAAGAAACGGUAGCGUAGAUAAUUUAAUAACUCCUAGUGUUACACACGGACGCGUGGACUGGAAUAGCGAUGCGGGUGUUUUUUGUUUUGUUUUGUAUCACAGCACGCGCGCGCCUAGCGAGACGUUAGUGUUAAGCUUGUUACGGCGGACGAGGUGGGACAAUCGGCGUCUGUCGAAUCUUCAAUCGGAGUAAAUUAUUAUGUCCGCGAAACGGGAUGUACGUUCGAGCGAUCGUUACGAGGUAUUAUAUAUUUUUUUUUCGCGGGUUAAACGGAAGUAAAUCGAGUUUUGUUAUCGUUUGGAUCGCCCCCGACAGUUGCAACGAUGCCAAACGAUUCGUAUGAAUAUAUCCUUGUUAUGAAACAAUAGUCGUGCGAUUGGAGAAUUAAGGAAGAUAAGUGGAGCGAAUCAAUUCGUCGCGGAAGGUUACGAAGUUAAAAAACGGUUUUCGAAUAACUUUUAAUUUAUAAUUAAACCGUCGGGUUGGAAGGACGUUAAAAAUGCACGACGAUUCUGAAGGAAACUGAAGGUGAUACGCGGAAGAUGUGUUCUCCGGGAGAAAAAUCGAUCACUUCCUUCCGGAGUUUCGUUACAUUAAGAUACUUUCCAUCCAGUUCCUCCCCUCUUGCAGCUUCACGGCGUCUGAAAAUAAUCUAGUAAUUUUUAUUCGACUGAAGUUA